AUGUGCCCCCGGGAGGGGUGGCAGCAGCAACUUGGUGCUUGCCUGUGGCCCGCCGGCCCAGAGGCCUGGAAGCCAUGGUGGCCCGGGGCCCUUCCAGACCGGUUGACCCCCCCCGGGGGUCACGCUGCCCCCCCCACCAGGGGAGAAAACAAAGGGGGCCGGGGGAGCCCAGUUCGGAAGCCCGUGGCCGAGUGCCCCCGUAACCGCUGCCCGGCCAGGCCCGAACAAAGCCAGCACGGCCCGGCGCCCCCGGCCUCGGCGAAGUUUCCAGGAGAAUGCCAGCACAGGGCGGCCCGGCCCGGCCGGCCCCCGCGCCCCCCCACCGCCCCCUGCCAAGCCCCGGUCUUCAGGGCGGGGGCUCCCCACGGGCCCGCGCGAGCACGGGGGACUGCAGACAUUCCGCUGCCUCCACGGCUGCAUUCCUGCCGCAAACAGGCAUUCGGCCAUUUUCUCCAAAUACCCGACACAAAGCGGCUCCGGCCUCGGCGCCCCCGGCCCCGCCUCGGCACCCCCGACCGCCCCAGCCCCGCCUCGGCCCCGCCGGCCGCCCCAGCCCCAGGGCCCGCACUUCCUCGUCGUCGCCCCCGUGCCCCCGGAGAUGGGGAAGUUGAGGGAGGGGGGGUCGGCUUUACCAGCACUUUCCGGACUCGGGCGCCCCCACAAUUCUCCUCCUUCCCUCGGGGGCGAGGAGCGGCCCAACUCCGGCCUGGGCGCCAGCGAGAGGAGGCCGCCCCCCCCCCCUUGGGGGUCCGGCGGGCACCCCCACCCACGCCGGCCCGGGCCCGCCCGCCCGCCGCCUCUCCCUCCGGAAGUUUCUGA